UCGUACGAUGGAUUAGUUCUGACGCAUGUCAAUCGUCCUUCACCCUAAUGUUUACAUUCCUUGAUAGACAUGAUCAUGACAUGAAACAGUUUUCAGCACACAUCACUGUAUAAUGUUGGAACCAAGUACAGAAAAUCUGCAAAAACCAAAAGUCCCAAAAGAAGUGAAGCGCAAAGACAUGAAACAUGCGAAAGGCAAGAAAAGACAGAAGUACAUCCCCACAUCAGAGCCAUUAGAACUCCCAUUCUGUCGAAUCUGUGGGAAAAAGGCUUCAGGGAUUCAUUUUGGAAUAUAUAGCUGUGAGGCCUGCAAGGCUUUCUUCAGAAGAUGUUUACAAAGAAAAACCCCAUUUAAAUGUGACAAGGGGGAUAACUGCCUCAUUGAUGAACAACAGAAAGGUCUGAAUUGUUCAGCUUGUCGCCUAAAAAAAUGUCUAGAAAAUGGAAUGUCAAAAGAAGGUGUAAGAAUAGGUCGCUACUCAACAGCUGAAAGAACCAAUGUCAUAAUGGAAGUCAAGAAACUCCAUGCCUCGAUUAAAACCCCUGAUCAACCAUCCCUCACAAAAGAACCACCCUUCCCUACUACAGAUCCCAUAGGCAGCAACAGUCCCCCACCUUCUAUAGACUUUCUCACAGACGAGCCAACAGACAUUCCAGAAAGUUCUGAUGUAAUUUCUGACAUUUUGAACAUGCCCCAGGAUUUAGUUACCAUUGAGGAAGUGUUCUCAUUCACAGAAAACAUAUGUUUAGAAAUAGAGACAUCACCAGUUGACAGUAGUAGUAGUGUCUCAACUGGACAAUCACAAGAUUCUUCUAUUUCUUCGCCAUUAUCCAUGAGUUCCCCUAACUCGGAGGAAUCGGGUGAAAGUCUGGGUUCUCUGGUGGAGGCUUUGGAAAACAAUCAGAUAGUAGUGUUAGAAAGAGGCCAGAUAUCUUUACCAAAGGAAUGCCUGAAUCGGUGGUUAAUUAACGAAGAGGCUAAUCAGAUCAUUAACCAGCUAAUGACAAGUUAUCAAUUUCUACAACCAUUCUCAAAAUCACUGACAGACGAGGAACGCAAUGACAUAUUUACCCAUGGUCUGAAACAGUAUGAAGAAAGAGUACAGCUCUUUGGGAAGAUGGAGUUCCUUUCAUUAGAAGAAUACAAGGACAUAUAUAAGAAGACCAAGAUUGAUAUAGACGGUCGGCUAGAGCUCUACUCCUUUGGUCGUGCUGAGAUGACAAAGAUGUUUGACGAGUAUGUCAAAUUUAGUCAAGGAAUUUUCAACUUCACUGCCCUGAGUGCAAAGGACAAGUCUGCUUUGCUGAAAGCUUCAAAUUUUGACUUUGGAAUGAUUCUGGACUAUCGUGCUGUUGAUGUAGACAAAGAAAUGUAUCUGACUUACACAGGAAAAAUUAUGCCUAUGAAUGAGGGAUGUCCACACAUGUCAGGAGACACUAUCAAAAGAUGGGCUGAGUUCUGCAGAAGCGUCGAAAAACUCACUUUAACUCCCCAGGAGCAUGCGCUAACACUUGGCAUCUGCCUAACAUUUCAAGACAGAUGUCCCCUUGAAUCUCCUCAGAGGGUGGAGGAAAUUCAACACAAACUGAUAAAUGUUUUGGAGUUAUUACUGAACGAGACCCACAAGGAGGAGAGCGGUAUACGACUGGCAAAAAUCAUGGACUUGUUUGUGCGCCUGCGUGAUAUGCACAAAGAAUACUACGACAUGUUAGAAGAGAUGUGUAAAGAUGACAUUCUGACCGAAUGUAUCCCGGAGAUUUAUCUUUAUGUCUGAGAUAUUGACCUAGCAUCACUUCCUUUGUUAUUGUUAGUAUCAGUGUUUUAAAACAUUGCAGUGCAUUGUAGAUUUUUUUCGUACUGAAAUUGGAGUAAAUAUUUUUGUACUUUUGUUCACAGUUGACAUUAAGAUAUCCAUUCAUAUAAUUAGUGCGUUUGUGUAAUAUAUUCUUGUAUUGACUUUAUUGUGAUCAUUCAACUAAAAAGUUUUUAACAUGUGUUAAAGAACUUGUGAGUUAAAUAAUAAUGUGCAUCUCAGCUUGCAAAAUAAAAUGUGUUGACUUUGUUGAU